CCGGUAGGGGGCGCUGUUAAUGCAGGCGGUUAGCUUCAGUAGCUAACGUUAGAGCCUUUCUCUCCAUCCGUGAUGGCGGAGGAUAGCGAGUCUGCGGCCAGCCAGCAAAGCCUGGAGCUGGACGACCAGGACACCUGCGGCAUCGACGGAGAUAACGAGGAGGAAAAUGAACACACACAAGGGAGUCCUGGUGGAGACCUUGGUGCAAAGAAGAAAAAGAAGAAACAGAAGCGGAAGAAAGAAAAGCCUAGCUCAGGAGGAACCAAGUCUGAUUCUGCCUCAGAUUCUCAGGAGAUAAAGCAGAAUCCAGCCAUUCCCAUGCAAAAGCUACAGGACAUACAGAGGGCAAUGGAGCUGUUGUCUACAUGCCAAGGACCCGCCAAGAACAUAGAUGAGGCCACUAAGCACAAGUACCAGUUCUGGGACACUCAGCCUGUCCCAAAGCUCAACGAGGUAGUGACCACUCACGGGUCAAUCGAGCCAGAUAAGGAAAAUGUCCGACAGGAGCCUUAUUCCCUCCCGCAAGGUUUCAUGUGGGAUACACUGGAUCUCAGCAAUGCUGAAGUGCUGAAGGAGCUGUACACUCUGCUGAAUGAGAAUUACGUCGAGGAUGAUGACAACAUGUUUCGAUUUGAUUAUUCGCCUAACUUCCUCAAAUGGGCACUGCGCCCGCCUGGCUGGCUGCCUCAUUGGCACUGUGGUGUGAGAGUUUCAUCCAAUAAAAAGCUGGUGGGCUUCAUUAGUGCCAUUCCUGCUAAUAUCCACAUCUACGAAACGUUAAAGAAGAUGGUAGAGAUCAACUUUCUAUGUGUGCAUAAAAAGCUUCGCUCCAAGCGUGUAGCUCCGGUUUUGAUCCGAGAGAUCACACGCCGGGUCAACCUAGAGGGCAUUUUUCAGGCGGUCUACACCGCUGGGGUGGUUCUGCCCAAACCUGUCUCUACUUGCAGGUAUUGGCAUCGCUCUCUAAACCCAAGGAAGCUUGUAGAGGUGAAAUUUUCCCAUCUUAGCAGAAACAUGACACUACAAAGAACCAUGAAGCUUUAUAGGUUACCUGAUAGCACGCGCACUCCCGGGUUGAGGCCAAUGUCAGCUGGUGACGUGCAGCAGGUGACGGCGCUGCUGCAGAAAUACCUGAGCCAGUUCCACCUGCGGCCCGUCAUGGGGGAGGAGGAGGUGCAGCACUGGUUUUUCCCGCAGGAAAGCAUCAUCGACACAUACGUGGUGGAGGGUUCUGGUGGCACGUUGACCGAUUUCAUCAGUUUCUACACGCUGCCGUCCACAGUGAUGCACCACCCGCUGCACAAAAGCCUAAAGGCUGCUUACUCUUUCUACAACGUGCACACACAGACACCGUUGAUAGAGCUGAUGACCGAUGCACUCAUCCUGGCAAAACUGAAAGGCUUUGAUGUUUUUAAUGCUCUGGAUUUAAUGGAGAAUAAGACUUUCUUGGAAAAACUCAAGUUCGGAAUCGGAGACGGAAACCUUCAGUAUUACCUUUACAACUGGAAAUGUCCUGGCAUGGAGCCUGAGAAGGUUGGCCUCGUGCUACAGUAACCAGCUGCUACAUUCAGGUCCACAGGACACGGGCGGUAGUUAAAACAAAACGUGAAGCAAAUCCAUUCAGUGAAUGAGUUCCAUCGUGCAGCUCUCUUAGGUCAUUUUUGUUACGAGAGGUUCUCUUGUUAAUUUUUCCUCUUUGAAUAUCGGCAGAAUGUGAAACGCAUCAGACUGUCUUCUUCAUACUGUAAACAGUUCUUUUUUUUACGACUUGCAUCUACUAUUAUUAUUAUUUUUUGUUUUGUUUUUUAAAUGCACAUAUGCGAUAGACAAGUGCACGUCUCUGAAAUGAACGGUUAACUCUGUAAAACCCUGUUACAUUGUUCUGAGGCAGUGUGAAAGAACUAGAACCUGUAUAGUUAAUAUGCGAUAUUUAUUACGUGUUGUGGUUUACAAAGGGACUGAGAAACAGAGCAGGGAAGGUCACAUCUGAAUUCUUUACCAUCAGAUGAACUCUAUUGUGGUUCCAUCUCUUGGGUUGGGUUUUGCUGCAUACAUGUGAAUGUACACCCCCCCACCCUCACCCCCCAUUUUGAAGCACAACAUGCUCUUAACCAGGAUUGAAGGCUCUAAUGUGUGCAUUUUUUUAAAAGAUGAUUUAUCCUUUAUGUUUAGGUCGUUAGCGUGUUUAAACCUAGAAUAAUGUGAAGGCUCGUUUAAAAUUUUUCACUCCUCAGUGUUUCGCUUUGUUACUUCAAACAAUUCUGAUAUUUAGAAUUGUAUUUAUGUUCUGUAUGCAUCAUCUGUCAAUCAUAAGGACAAAUGUUCAGUGCUGGCAUGUGCUGGGAAUUUUCACACAAGCACAAAGAAGCAGACAAGACGAACAAUCAAAUGCGCGUUGUCAUUUCGACGAUGCCGCAGUCUUUCUAGCUCAGCUUUCCCUGUGCUUCUCGUUAUAUGCAGCUAAGAAAUUGCUUAUUACUUGAUUUAAUCACUGUUACAUGGGACUUGGGGACUUACAUAAUAGCUUUUUUAUACAGUAGAAAAUGCGUUUGUGUUCCUGCUUCUCUUGUAAUUGACAAACGUAUCAGUAUCUUCAGGCCUUUUAAGCACAUCUAAAUUACAAUCAUGUAAAGAACUAGACGAUAAUCUAAUCUAAAAUCAUGAUUAUUCUCAAGUACAGGUUGCUUUUUGAGUUUGUGUGCGCGCGCGCAUGUGUGUGCUCUCACACGCAGUCCUGCAGCUCGCUGUAUGAACCAAGCAUGAUUUUUACAUUCCCCCCUCCCCCUCAUAAAAAAGUCACCCAAAGUACUUGCCUUAUUUACGAGGUCUUUUUUUAAAAUACCUGAUGUAGUUUUGAAACAACAUCCAGCUUUCUCUGAAGAUUUUUAUCAAACUCCAUUGCAGGUUGCAAGAAAACAUACCAGCACCAUGUCUCAAACGGUGGCCACCCAAAUAUUAUAAAAAGAUACAUCAAUGAAUACCAGCAUGGAUAUUUGAAUAAAAAUAAAUAUGAUCUGAA